CUCUCUCUCUCAGCAGCGUCUCUCUUUCUCUCUUACAAUCUACAUCCGACUAUGAACUGAUAUCCUCUGUUCUCUAUUCACCUCGCCUUCUAACGAUCAAUAUUUCUCUUUGCUCUCAUCCCUAUUGCGUCUCUCUCGUGCGAGCCAAGUUGAGGAGGAGAUGGACCCUUGAUCGACUGAGAAUGUGUGGUGGUCCUGCCGAAGGUUGGUGUAGUCGAUUCGAGAGUGAUGCCAGAGGAAAAUUGAUGGCUAGAGGAAAAUCCAGGGCUACACCAACCACCACCACCACCACCACCACCACUAUAUCCACCACCAUUACAUGAUGUUCUGAUAAAGAGGAGCCUGAUGUUGAAACAGUUACAUCCAUGUUGGGUUUCCAAAGUUAUUGGGAUGCCACUUUUGCAGAUGAAUUGGCAAAUUUUCGUGAGCAUGGCCAUGCUGGUGAAGUUUGGCUUUCGGACAGCAACCAACUCAGUGGCAACAUCCCUCAACUACAUGUCUAUUAGCAAUAACUGCCAGUGGAUUCUCUCCGUGUUGAACAAGGCCAUAUCAAAAACUGUGACAUCACUGGACUCGUAUGAAUUUUCUGAUGCUGCUACUGCAGUAUAUUCAUGGUGGCAGUUCCAGUUGUGUGAUGUGUUUAUUGAAGCCGUCAAGCCCUACUUUGCCAGUGAUGCUCAAGCAUUUGCUUGUGAAAGGAGUUCUGCACAAGACACCUUGUCGGUGUGUCUGGAAUAACUAAUUGGAUGAUGGGUUCUAUUGCUGUUUGUUUUGGUUGUUUAUCAUUUAUAAUGUGCUGGACAAAUGAGAAAGUAGAGUCUGAGAUGGAUAUGGUUGAGUCAGCCGUGAAAUCACUCAGGUCACUCAGGGCGUUGAUGCCUGCAAAAGAAAGGCAUGAAAGGUAAAUGUUUAAAUGAUAUGUUCUUUUGUUUUUCAUUUUAUUGUAAUAGAAUUUUUAUUUUUGGGUUAUUUAUUUUUUUUUUUCACUCAUGAAAAGCAUCUAAGCUUUAGUUGUUUAUUCUUUUUUUAUUCCUCAUAUUUUAGGCCAGCGAAAUAUUCUAAUGUUUAUUUUAUGAAAUACCUAUUUGCUAUGUAUACAGUUCCAUUUCUGAUUAUACUACUGUGCAAGCCAAAAUUCCUUUCCUUGGAUUGUAAUGACAAUGUUUAAAUAGUGAAUAAGAAAAUAAAUCGUUACGUAGGAGUGAGAUUUUUUGAAUUGUUACCAACAAAUACUUUGGAAAUAAUAUGUAGUUGCCUUUUCAUAAAGAAAAUUCUAUGAGGAAACAUGAAGACUGGUUAAUACUUGGUAAUGGGACAUGUCCUAUAUAGAAUUUUGGUCAUGGAACAUUCUGUGAGGGGACAUUGAUGAGAAUGUUCAUUAUUAUUGUUUAUAUUUAUAGUGCUGGUUAGAAUUUGAUUUGAAUUUUUCCGAAUUUGAGUGGUCAUAUGUUGUAGUAGUGACUGACCUUCCAGCAUGAUUGAAAUGUGUUAAACAAAGAUGUUGGUGGCCCAUCUGAGAAGUUCUGGGGUUUACUUACUCUCCUUACUUGGUGGCCCAUCUCAAAAAUUAGAUUCCAUUAAACUUUGAGUCAGAGAGCUAGUCUUAGCUUUUUGCUAAAAGAAAAUUUCUCUGAAGAGAUUUUCCUCUUUAAUGUGUUUUCAAAAUUCCUCCCCUGGGAGU